UAAACAAAUCGAUGGCCCGUUUCUCCAGCGGCCUUUGCCAAGCUUCCCCUCGCAUCUCACCGUUAAGGGAGCGGGACGCGCCGCAGGAAGGGCGCAAGCCGCGCCGGCUACACAAGCUUCGCCACGGGAGCUGUUUAAGGGUUUGGCUCCCGGGGAAACUCUGACCUCACCGCGCAAAGGUGCUGCUGGGAAACGGAGCUCCCUUGACAGAUAAGCCUCGGAGAGGACAUUCCUUUUGCUUUUGCGGGCGAGCCAGCGAGGUUGGCAGGCAGGGUAGGAGGAGCGGAGAAGGGGCGCCCGCCUCCUUUUUUGCGCGGGGAAGCUUGUCCGGAUCUCUGAAAGUUUUGGAGUUCCUUCCUCUCGGGAGUCCCUUUGAACCUCGCGACCAUCGGGUGGAAGAGGGAAAAGGACACCAGAGGGUCGGAGCCCGAAGUGAAUGUCUCCAGAUGAAAGGCCAGGUGCAGAGUCAAAAUCAUCUUCUAUCCAAUCUGUACUCCUGGCUACUUGGUCAAGUCUGCAACAUUGUCAAGCUGAAACCCCAGAAAAAUGCUUCCCAGAGAAGAAGAUGGCAUCAGGUAACCCCAAAGAACUGGAUCCAGGAAGUCAUCCUGCACAGAUAGGAGAGGGCACUCUGGAAACUGAGUCCGUUUCAUUGGCAGUAGGGGAAGGGUUCCCAAAUGCAAUUUCUCUCUCAUUUUCUGUCAAGAGUCGCUCUGCACAAGAUCUCAAUCUGCAGCUACAAGAAAUAGCGAGAAAGAAAUUAUGGGCCCUGGAAAAUGACGAUAAAGAUGUUUGUGCUGUUUUCAAGGAGCUAUCAGCUAGGCUGGCAUGCAUCCAGGCACAGGAGAAUCGCUUUCUGCUUUCCUUCAGAACUGUGGAAGAAAUCUGGAAGUUUUCCACUUAUUUGGCACUUGGAUAUGUGGGUUGCUGCCUGGAACACCUUCUCUUCACUCCUGAGUACUGGUUGAACUGUGCUCAAGUAGAUGAUACUGAGAUUACUGUCACUGUUGAUGAGGACUGCAUGACCACCAUGUAUCUGGGUCUUCUCCUCCAGGAAGGCAAUUUUUUUGCCAGAGCAACACUCACCGUCCUUGCAGAGGAAGAAGAAGAGGAUUUAAAGCUCCUCAGGAAUGAAUUAGUCCAUGUGAAAGACAUUGGCCAUGAAACUAAGUGGGAAGGGACAUCAUUGUUGACCGAUCAGAAGGGACUGAUACAUGUCACAACCAUAGAGCCAUUGCCCCAUCCCUUUUACCAGUGGUUUUUGAAGAACUAUCCAAUCAGUUGUGGCAUAUCCAAAGAAAUCAAUGGGCCCGACUCUUUGCAGAUUGGCCAAGGGAGGUGCAUAGCCACUGAAGAUCACAGGGGGAAAAGCUGGGAUGAAUUGAGUUACUGCAAAGGGGAUAUCCUAGAGGUGAUCGGCUUCUUCAUUACGGGUCUCCGUUGGUUUAUAGGGAAAUCCACUACGAGUGGGAUGAUUGGCUUUGUCCAAACCAAAUCAGUGCAGCUUGAGAGUUAUGAAUCAAUGAGAAAGAGCCCAGUGUUUUUUAGUGAAGAAGAAAUUUCUGCCUUCCUCCAGGCUCCAUGUAAUGGCAAUGAGGUAUAUUACAGUGACCUUCUUAAUGAAUGGGCACAGACAGACAUCACCUCUGUAUAUAGACUUGAUGGUUUUGAACCUAUUGCAAUGUACCCCCAAAGACCAUCAGAUGCUGCUGUACAUGGACAUAAAAAUGGUUGGAUGUUUGAAAAUUGGGGGAAGCAAUCUUAUAACAGUUUACUUACUCAAACUGAUUCUGAGAAGUCAACUCCAGUGGUUGAAUCCUCACCUUCCACCCUGGAACACUUACUUUUGCAAGAGCCAGAUGACCUUGAUGACCCCAAGUUCUUUAUUGAUCUAAAUGCUGGGCAUAUGGAAGACUGUGAUGUGUUUGACCCUAUACUGACUUUCCUCAAUCAAGAUAGCUAUGUGCCUCAUUUCCAAAGUCUGUAUGACCUCUCUUUUUCCUUCCUCAGUUCUACCUUCUAUGGUUUCACCAGUGAAGAGGAGUUAGUCAUAUAUCUGGAAACAUCUAGGAACUGGGCUAAGAGGGGCCACCUUGCUUGGGCUCACAUUCGGAUAUGCUACCUUUUGGGCCGCCUCUGUGUCAGGAAGGCCAAGUUCUCCCAAGCGCGAGUCUACUUUGAGGAAGCCAUGAAUGCUAUGGACAAGGGGUUCGAAGAUCUACCUCUAUUCACAUCAUUGCAUACAAACCUUGCUGCCAUUUAUUUAAAGCAAAAGAUGAAGCAGAAGUUCUUAUCCGUGAUUGGAAAAGGGGCGACACUUCUGGCCUGCUUGUCUGGACACUGCUUCAGUUCUGAGACUGAACUAGAAGUUGUGAUGUACAUCUUGAGAGAAGCCAUUGCUGCAGGCAACACAACAAUGGAGAUUAGAUCCUGCUUCCUCAUUGUCAGGCUCUUCUUGCAGCUCGGCAAAUAUGAUGAGGUUCUUCCUUUUGUAGAACGCUUGCAGUUUCUGAAUGCACAACUCACCAGCCAGGUUACUGGUAAACAUCCUUUAGAUACAAUGCCUUUUCUUGCCUAUCUGUAUGAAAAAAAGUAUGUGCCCCAUGUAGCUUUAGCGGCUGCCAGGAUGUUCUCCCCUAGCAAUAUAAAAGGUGGCUUCACACCAAUUUGGAGAGCUGGAUUCAUCCUUGCAAACACCUCUAAACUCUUGAAGGUCCAAGAGAAAAGCCACAAUGGCAUCUCAGCAUUGGCUUGCUUCUAUCUGCACUGCGGGUUGUCCUUCUCCCACGAAGCUGGGACUGUAUCAACUGAAAAAGCAUUGUGUGCACUUUUAUCCAAAUUGUACCUCAAAUACGGCAUGCUAGAAAAGGCCGUGCAUUACUCCAACCAAGCUGUGGCCCUGGGUAAAAUGAUGGGUGAAGAAGAAGCAUUUGAGGCAUCCCUUUCUUUGGGGUGGCUCUUUACUUUGAACAAUCAACCAGACAAGACCUCAGAGAUCAUGCAAUACCUCCUCUGUUCUCUGAGGCAGACAGAUAGUGUCACACAAGAUGGGGUGGUUCACAAUCUUUUAGCCAUUGCCCUUAAAAGAGAAGGGCAGGUGCAAAAGGCAGCAGAGAAUUACUUCUGGGCCUUGAAGAAAGCCCAGGAAAAUGGGAAUCAGCGGAACCAAGCCAUUGCCUUAGCCAACUUUGGUUGCCUAAUCACAUCUUUGGGGGCUUAUUAUUUAGGAGAAUACUAUUUUCUCCAGGCCAUUCAGUUGUACUUUGAACUCCAGGAUGGUGAUGAUACACACAUGGAACUGGUACACAUUUUGUUAUGGUUGGCUCAGUCCAAGCUAGAGAGAUGUAAGGCGGAAGAAAGCAUCAUCUUUUACGAGCUGGCCUUGGCCAUUGCCUUGAAGACUCAAAAUGUGAUAAGUCAACUUCAUGUCACUGAGUCCCUCUGCCAUUUCUAUAAUAAAGUGCAUCCUGAUACCAGAGCCUGCAUCAUAUACCAAGAGCACCACGUUCUCCUAGCUCGGCAACUCCAGGACAAAGAAAAAGAAGGAUACCUUCUACAGGACCUUAGCCAACUCUACCAAAGUUUACAUACACCCAGAUCUUUGAAACAGGCAUUGGACUGUACCAAGCAGAGCCUCAGAAUAUUUAUUGACCUGGAGGAAACUGUUAAAACAGCCCAGGCCUGGUUACAGGCUGGUAAGCUCUAUUAUCAAAUGCAAGAGAAUGAACUUGUGGAAAUGUAUUUACAGGCAUCCAUAGAGACAGCACUGAAAUCCAAAGAGUUGCACCUGGCCAUGGGAUUAUAUGAAGAGGCAGGAGAUGUCUUCUUCAAUGGAAUCAAGAACAGGAAUCAGGCAGUGCAAUAUUACAGGGGAGGAGCUAUACCUUUGGCCAGGAAAUUGAGAGACACACAAAUGGAAUUGAGAGUGUUCAACAAGCUAGCUGAACUCCAAAUUGGGCUCCACAAUUAUGAAAAUGCUUUGGAAUUUGCUACCUUGGCAGUCAGACUCAGUGUGGAUGUAGGAGAUCAUUUGCAAGAAUUGGUUGCCUUUCACCGGCUGGCAACUGUGUAUUACCUUCUGCAAAUGUAUGAGAUGGCUGAAGACUGCUACCUGAGGACACUCUCUUUGCAUUCACCAGAAUUGCAAGGGGUUCAAGAAGCCAUAUAUUACUCCAAGGUUUACUACAGAUUGGGAGAUCUCACCCUCCAUAAAUUAAAGGAUGAGCAAGAUGCAGCCAGUUACUUCUUCUUGGCCUUGGCUGCUGCCACUGAGUUUGGUGACUGCAGUUGGCAAGGCAAGAUCCAAGCCAAGUUGGCUCAAAUAUUUACUGAUUCCCAAAUAAAUAAGAGUCCAAGAGGGUGGACAGCAUAUCGGGCCCGAUGGUUAAGUGAAGGAAGACAUGACGUGUGAUCCAUCUGUUAUGGAAUUCACAACUCAUGAAGAAAGGACAUCAUUGUCCCUCUGCCAAGAAAAGAAGAUAAUCAUCAUCUGGUGCUACUAGUCCCUUGUGUUUCUGAAUGAAUAGAAAUCUUGUGGGCUGUUGUAAAUGGAUAUAUGCUGGCCAUCAGCUAAUGUGUUCUGAGUGAAAAAGCAAGCUCAUUUUUUUUUAUCAGCAACAUGUAAAGAAGACAUCACUCACAUACAUGGGCCUUAUUUAAAAGAUUAGAGCAGGGGUUCUCAAACUUGUGUCAUCAUGGCAGCAUCAUGUGACAUAUAGGGACUUUAUUCUCCUUUGCCAAACCGGUUGUAGGUGUGGCUAGCGUGUGAUAUAUCUGGCCCACAGGCCGUGAGUUUGACAGCCCUGGAUUAGAGGGUGUAAAAGAGUCAGUCGAAGCAAGAUUGAGAGACAGUUUGGUGUAGUGGUUAAGGCAUCAGCUCAGAAACUGGGAGACUGUGAAUUCUAGCCCUGCCUUAGGCACAAAGAAAGUUGGGUCACCUUGGGCCAGCCACUUUCAUACAAUAGCCAAUGACUUCUGAAAAACCUCACCAAGAAAACAGCCGACUUCUCCAGGCAGUCUCUGAGAAUCAAUAUGAUUGAGCAGAAGGAGGAGGGGGAUAGAGCAAGAUAAUGAAUGCACAACAUAGGAGCUGAAAAAGUAUGUGACUGCAGAUUGUCUGUGAUAAGAAGUAAAUGGGGGUGAUCCUUGGAGAGAAUAUUCAACCUGCCCUCCGAUUCAUCCUCAGUGCCAAAAGGCAAAGUCCUUUACAAGAUAGAGAUGAACGGAAAGCCUCUGACAGCCUGAACCAAAGAGAAAGAGUGCAAAAAAAUGCUCUUGCAGCAAAUGUGAUUCUUUGUUCCUGUGUAUUUGUAUCUUUGCUUAGACCAGGAAGAGGGUAGAAUCCACCCAAUCAUGGCUCUUGUCAAAAAGCGAAGCAAAGCCAGACCUAUGUUUCAGUGGAAAACAUAAUGAAAUCCCAGGGCUAUAAGCAGGCUAUGGAGUAAAAAAAAAAGCAUCACAACAAAUUGCUUCUAUAUUAUUGCCAAGAAAAUAAUGCAAGAACAUGCAUAAAGUCACCAAGUGCCAAGAAGAACUCAAAUACCUAUCAGUAUUUAUAUUUAUUUUGGUUUCUCAUUAAUAUCUGCGUCACACUUCAAAUAGGCUAAAUUAAAAACCCCAAAGUAUCCUUCAGAAAGGAUGGAACGUAGAAUACCAUGUCCUAAGUAUGGUUAAGCGAGCUCUUCAGAGGUAUCUCCUUCCUUCUUAAUGGUUUGCAUUGCCAACUCUCCACUGAUGCUGAAGAAGAAAAGAAAAUGGCUCCUGUAUAUUUAGAGAAGGAAAGACAUGAUUGGAAGCCUCUUGGGAAAGCAAAGACAUCUCCAUACUCAGCCAGAUGUAUUGGGCUUCCAUACUGCUGGAGGAUGACUAAAACAUUUUCAGAUUCUUUGUCUCAGUCAAAUACCCUCAGGAAGAGCAUGCUUACUACCCCACCAUAGUUCUAUCGGACAUGUAGCUCAUUGGAUUAGUUUGAAUCAUUUGCUCUCUGCCCAGCCUACCUCACAAAGUUAUGAAGGUUUGUUAACUACACAUGAGAUGAUCUCUACGCACAAUGACUUGACUUGGCCUCUUUAGAAGAAAGUCAGGAAAUAAAGCCACACACUUCUUUUUGCCUGUAAACUAUUGACUGUCCUCAUAAACAAGAAGGAAACAUUUGUUUUCAAGCUGUUUUUUUUUAUAAUAGAAAUGUGCUUUUUAAAAACAAAAAAAAUGAAGUUUGAAAUUCUUAGGUUUAAUGCUGUGCUAGCUUUGAGAUGCUACAGAUUUACAGACCAUCUUGUAGCCCCACCAAGUAUAUUCAGUUCAAUUGAGAAGUAAAAACCAAUUAUCUAGGGUUUCUGCAUGUGGAAAUAUUUUGAUAUGAUUAGGGCUAAAAGUGGGAAGCUGAAUUGAGAUAACCCCAUUUUUGAUGCUGUGUAGCUAUGCUUCCUUUAAAGUUAGGGUACAAAUAUUUUAGGGGCCAUAGAGUGUAUAUGUCUUCUGAAUAGCAUGCCAGAAGUAAGAUUCAUAAAAGGAAUGUGACCAGGAUUACAUCUGAUUUAAUUACAUUUAAAGUUAAACAAAUUAGCUGAAGAUACAAUAGUAGGAUAACUCCCUAAUUCCUGAAUUUUUUUCCUUGAAAAUUAUAAACAGAAUUGGAGCAAUCCUGGGUCUUAAAGGCUUUGGAGAGCAGCAGAUUGUUUCAAUCAAAUCAUUUUGCUUUAUGAAGCACUCUUGAAAUAUCUUGCCUUGCCUCUAAGAUUUUGCUCCUGAAAUGAAAUGUAACACAGACACAAAUUAACCUUAUUUUGUUUUUCAGUUUUCAAGAACAUACUAGAGGAGCUUGUCCAUCCAUUUCCAUUCUGGGAUGAAUAGAUGCCUCGACCAUUUAGAGCAGACCUGAUUCCCCAUGCAAUAAAUAAUGGUUAUGCCAGAUUGUGUUUUGAAUAUUAAGGAAGAAACACAAACCAGUUGCAAGCUUUGUCUCUCUCUUUCCGUCUACUGGCGAAACCCCUGGGGGACUUCCCCUGACCUGUUUCAUGUCUGAAUGUUUGCACAAAGAUAUGAAUCAAAGUGGUGAAGGACAUGUCACAAUGAAACUGGAGAGGUAUUCACAAAAUUAACAUUGUUUGUGAAAAAUCUUGGUUAUACCAGCAGCCAUUUUGAAAGCAGAAUAAUAAUUAUAAUUUUUUCAAUUCUAUACAAAGCAUGGCUGCAGCCAUUCACAAUGACUUCAGAAGAAAUGUUGUAGCACCCAAAUGACUAAAUACGACAGGGCUGAAAGUUAGAUACAUGUUAGUUAUGCAGAUGUCUCCAGGCACAUUUUUUAUUACCUUGUAUGAAAAAUGCCUCCAAUAGAAAAUCUGGAUUUGUCUGAAAGACCCACCUAGCAUCUUCCAGACAUGAGGUAAUGAUCUGAUUCUGUAUGACAGCUACCUAUGUUUAUGUAUGAUCCUGGGUGUGAUCACUGGUUAAACAGUUUAGUAUUUGCUUUUUACUUAUACCAUAGCUCAUCUCACCAUUAGAGGGCAAUAGAGGCAGCAUUUUCGAUUCCUUUCCAUCUUUAUUAAGAACAAGAAUCUGUUAAGAAAUUGAUAAAGGCUUUUAGGUAGUCUGAACUUUUAAGACUUAUCUGUGGCCGGAUAUGCUGAGAAACAUGACAUUCUGUACAUUUCUCUACAUCCUAUACAAAUCAAAUUUCCUAAAGAUAUGCACGGAAGCCAAGAUUUGUUAUCUUACACUCAUUUUUUUUUAAAAAAAAACAACUCUUACUGCAAUAAUAAAAAAACAAAAAAAAAAGAUUUCUCCAUUAUUGUUUAAGGGAAAAUUUAAAAACAAUCCAUGUUAGAUUGGCAAACUUAAAUGAUAUCAUGGUAUAGUAUGACUUAAGAUGGAAUAUAUUAUCGGAAUAACACUUGUUCUUUGAAAAAAUACCGAAGCAAUCCAAAAGAUAUGACAGCAUGCACAAUCUCUUUUCACAUAUAUAUAUAUGUACUUAGGUCUUUCUUCUUCCUUGUAUAGAAACAGAUUUAUUCUUUCACUUAAUUUCUACCUGCUUUGACUUGUCUGGACAAUGGCUGGAACAACAGGUGGAAAUAAAAGGAGAAAAAUAUUUUGCUUUCUUCUCCCUGAGCUGGUUGCUGCCUACCUCAGAAAGAUGAGUUAAGACAUUGCCUGCAGUUCUCCACAGUAAUGCCAAGCCGGUCUGCCAAACUCCCAAAGCCCAAAUCUUUACUUGGACAUUCAAGUUUAUGGUUAUUUAUUUUACUUCCUUGGAAGUAAAAGUGAGUUAGUGAGUGAGUUAAUGUAAACAAAUCAAGAGGAAAAUCUAUGGGGCACUUGAAUAUGCACCAGGAGCAUUGUUUGGCCCCUUUCCUUGGUUUUAAUUGCUCAAAUUCUACUCUUGAGAUCCCUUCUCACAGUUCUUGAAUAUUUCAAUAUGGCAGUGACAGAAGUAUUUUCCUAGGGGGUUGCAUUUCCAAUUGCCGAUAUCUGGAAUGAGGGCAACAUUGGUCCGAAUGAGACUUUUUCUGGAAAGCUGGUAGAAAGCAGUACUUGGACUUUAAGUAGAGAAAUCCAGUUUCAAGAUACCACUUGACCGAUCAAUCUAAUUGGAUCUCUCUGGACCAAUCACUCUGUUUCAAUGAAUCCUAUGUAUGCCAUGUUGAAUUUAAAAAAAACAACUAUAUUAAUAAAAUGAAUCUUUCAUUAGUUUCAACAUGGAGGCCCAUUUUGAUGGCUUUAGAAAUGUUACUGAGAGAUUUUGCCUGAAAUUAGAGAUUUUUACUAAGAUGCGCUGCUUUCCUGACUAACCCUUUUGUACUCAGAGACACAAAAGGUGGUGGUUAGAAAAAGCAAUCUUUUGAGCAUUGGUUAACUUGUGUACUUGGUGCUAAGAUACAGCAAGUUCAAUUCCCAACGUGCUUGCUUGAAAAUCCAAAACACUGAAAUCUAUUGGGACAGCUUUCUAGCAAGCAUGCUUUAACAAAUUAGAAUGUUAGAUUUAGGUCUGCUUAAGUACUUUUGACAGCUGGAAACUCUCGCAUCACCUGUAAAAUAAGGUGAACAUGCAUGCCAGCUGAGAAAGUGACUCAAGAUCAUAAGCUUCUAUGUCUCUUUUAAUUCACUGCAUAGCCUGGGAAAUUCAAUAAGGGUAUUAUCCUCCCAUUUCAACAUGUCCCAUGUGGAACAAUUUCUUUUUCUUCCUUGACAGAACUUAGUUGUCUUCAUAGUGGGAAAGGAAACCUUAGUAUCCAGAGAUAAUUUUUAUAUUCAAGAGCCACCCCACUGAUUUGAAAAUGCUGCUAGAAAAGGUCUUCAUUCAGAAGACAUCCGUAUUGGCCUUACAUGAUAGAUAGCUUUUAAAAAAAUAUUUUGAUUGAGAGCUGUCCAAAGUUGAUUGAAAGAUAUGUUACAAUAAGUAUGUUUUAAAUAAAAAAAAAUAAAAAAUAGGACUUUCUAGUUGUC